AUGGCAGCGGGAGCACCCGACGCUACUAUCGACUCGCUCCUCUCCCGCCCUUUAUCCCCGGGCAUUCGUCGUAAGCCUGUCCCGCCGUCUCUGCACCACUGGGACAAAGAAUACACGUCUCUGCCGUUGGUAACGUCGGAAAAUGGUUCAUACCAUGAGAAGCAGCCAGAAACACACUUGGCGGCGCAUCGCAGUUUCGGCGCGUUGCUCGCUAGCUGGAAGUUGGAGCUGCUGUCCGUCGCUCUCAGCUACGCCAGCUUUAUUACCAUCGCCGCUACACUGGGCUCCUUUCAGGGCAAGCUCGCCACGACGUGGCGGAUGCCGAUAUCCAUAAACGCCGUCGUAUCCAUCUUUUCCAUCAUCUUCAAAGCGUCUCUUGUCCUUCCCAUCACGGAAGGCAUCAGCCAGCUCAAAUGGCUCUGGCUGUUUCAAGAAUCCCGCAGCCUCGUCGAUGUAGAUAGAUACGACCAGGCUAGUCGCGGACCUUGGGGCUCGGCCAGGCUGAUUGCGCGCCAGUUCGUGGAUAGAAAAAGAUCAUACUUGGCAAGCUUUGGCGCUGCUGUCUUCCUCCUCACCUUGAUAACAGAUCCGUUUUUCCAAGCAGCUGUGCAGGUGAAUGUAUGCUACCGCAAUGCCACCGAGCUAGCUAGCAUUCCGCGACUGAACAAUUAUGACCAUAAUGGGGGCUGGGUAACGCAUAUGACCUACAAGCUCGAUUCCGAUAUGGUGAUUGCCAUUAUGCAGGGCCUGCUAUCGACUCCUCAAAACAGCUCUGUGCGCAUCGCACCCUUCGUCACAUGUCCCACAGGCAACUGCACGUUCCCUGACAUCCACGACGUUUCGUUUAGCACGCUGGACAUGUGCCACUCGUGCGAGGAUCUCAGCGACUUGGCCAAGGCCCGCCCAUUUCACUACACAGAGUCGGAGCAGGUCGGCAGCGAAUGGUUUCUACCUGGCGAAAUCAGCAAUCUCACGACGUAUCGAGGUGGCGGCGCGCUCAACAUCACGGCGCUGCGAACCAACCAGCGCCCGUCCUACCCCAUCGGGCCGUGGAUCCGGAGCAGCAUACUUGACUUCCAGGGCCUGGCGGAGCUGAAAGACAAAAGCUGCACACCGAAGCAACGAUGCCCGAUGAUUCCGUUUGCUUUUCAGUGCUCGCUACGGCCAUGCGUAAAGACGUUCAAGGCCACCAUGAUCAACCAGCAGUACAAGGAGACGGAAGUGUCGCGCGAGUAUCUGCACAGAACCUCGUUGCACAGCUUCCAGCUGGCCAUGGACAGGGUCUUUGUGAACGGAUCCUGGGUGAACUGCAGCUCCAGCACCAACCUCACAGAGGAACACUCUUUCCAGGUGCUCCUGCCAGAGCCCAAGGAUGUGCAAAUGGAGCCGGCGCUGCCUCACCCUCCUCUGCUAGCCAACGGCAGCGUUUGGUACCCGCCGCACUGCGUCUACAGCAUCGAGGGCAGCACGAGCUCGGCGCUGGACGAUCAUCUGUGGUUGACCUUUCGCAACGCCAACGUGACGCCCGGUCGCGUCGUCUCGGCGUCGACAAUUUGGGCCGAGAACCUCUGGAGCGGCGGCAACAUGACUAUGCCGAUUGUGAAUAAUUUCAGCGAUGGGCUAGCCACGGCGAUUGGGAUUCAGAUGCGCAAGGUUUCCGACGUGAACCCUUGGUUUGGGCUGCAGCUGGGACAGGCGAUAGAGAGGGACAGCUGCAUCACCAUCUGGUGGAGGUACCUGAUUUUCGGGGCCGUGGUGAUGGUCUUGGAGACGGUAUUUCUAGCAGCCGUCAUCAUUUCCAGCCACAAGCGACGAUGGAAUGCCAACUGGAAGUCGUCGUUCCUUGGCCUGCUGCUCCCACCGUCCGAUCCCGAGGCGUCGCCGCUCGGCCGUGGGGAUGUACGUGCCGAUGCCGUCGAGGAUCAAUCGCAGCUGCGCGAGGCUGCCCGGGGCAUCAAAGUUUCGCUGACAAAGAGAGAUGGCCGGUGGCACCUAGAUACAGCCGAGAAGCCAAUUAGCUAG